AUUGUUUGCAUUGCGGGUGCCCCGUUCACACAUGCGCGCAACACACGAGGCCACAACGCAGCUACUCCGAGUCCAUUCAGCCACACUUCUCCACUGCCUUAUCUGUACGCCGGACGGCCACCGCGAGAAUCCCCCACACCCGAGUCUCGUGUGUCUGGCAGCAGACGCCUCUCCAUCCCCUGCUGCAGCAGCAUCCCCGACGAAGAGGGCGGCGGCAUGCCCAUACCCAUCUCUCGACCCCUCAUGUAUGUGCCACCCACAGUGGCGUCAUCCCUCUCCCUCACGCCCAGAGCGGCAAAGGGCCCCCUCUCGGGUGUCAUCUCAGCGUGGAGGUGGGGGGCUGUGCCUCUUGGGGGCGACUGGCGGGAUGGGGGGCCGCCGCUGGCACUCAGACCACUGGCGGAGGGGGGCGACGAGAAGUCGUCGAUUUCUUGGGACUCUACGUCGAUGUCGACAUCGUCGGGCUGGCUCUCAUCUGCAUGACACAAACAGACGUGUGCGUGGGCGUGUUGUGGUGGCAGGAUGGGCUCGCGACUUGGCUAACCUAGCUCGUCUCGUACGUAGCGGUCCCCUCCUCCCUGCUGCUGCUGCUGCUGCUCCCCCCGUUUGUGUGUGGCGAGUAUGCAGAGGCUCGUGCAGGAGGCGCACGUCAUGCAGGCGAUCAGCGUCAGUAUCAGCACCACAUACCUGCACCCACACAGAGAUACACACACAAUGAGUGGCUACAUGUUUGUGUGUGUGUACCAUUGCUGCCAAAAUCGUAUGACACUGCAUUUCUUGGUGAAGGCGAAGACGAGCGGCUCGAAGGCCGCGUUGCUGGCGUUCAGGCCGAUGGGCAAAGUGACCUCUACCCUGCUCUCCCCGCUGCUGCGGCACCUGUACUCUAUCACCACGUCCACAUCGCUAGACUUUUCCGUCAGGUUGGCCCCAUACGCAAGAGCACCUGCACACACAUUGAAUCUGUGUAUGGGCCUCCUUCUCUCUCUCUCUCUCUCUCUCUGUCUGGGCGGGUUUUUAGGUGUACCGGCGACAUUGGCUGUGAGCACAUCGGGCCGUGACACCUUGACCACAGGCGAAUGCAGCACCAACGGCACAGGAGCCUGUGCACACAGACACACCACAAACACGGAUGCCAUGAAGCCCAUUUAUAUUGGUGCUGAUGUGUGGUGCCGACUGCCGGCUGACUGACCCCCUGGUUGGCGUGCAUCUGUCUGAGUGGAGCGAGCGACACCGUGAAGGUUGACCGGUCCUCCUCCGGCGGCAGCACCACUACCGGAUUCACCUCGUCCCAAUCAGCACUGGCCGCACCCUUCACACACAUACACACACACACACACAGACACGCAUUUCCACACAAAUGCGCCUUCACACACACGGGGAGCCUCUUUACCUGUGUGAGGACGUAAGGGUGUGUUUCGAGGUCUGACUGUAUGGUGACGUCUUUCCGCGGCCCGCCGCAUCGCUUCUCCCAUGAGAGUGAGACACCCUCAAACAGAGCGAAGCUCAGCUGAUCAUCCGGCACAGAAGCACAGUAAACAUAUCUGCCAGCCAUGGGCUGUCAGUCUCGCUCUCUCCCUCCCUCCCUCUCUCUCCCUCUCUCCCUCUCUCUGAUGUGCGUACGGCCAUGGUGCACGUGGUGACUCCCGGUGAGCGUGUGGUGGGGUUGCACUUGUAGAAGACGUCCAGACGGUCGGGUGACGACGGGGAGGCCGCUGUGGCAGAUGUGGUGGCCGCACUGACCUGCACCACACUGGAGUCCUCGCACGACACAGACACUGAGGGCGACUGCUCGUCCAGCUCCUGAUGGUACGGCUGCAUGGCAGGGAGACACACAGAUGAAGAGAAGAUGGGUGUGGGAGCGGGGGAGAGGGGUGUGUGUGCGUGUGGUCGGACGGCGUAUUGGAUGAAGAAGGAUGAUCGCUGGAAGAUGUUGUCCACUGCCGGGGGGUUGGCCGUCAGCACACCGUCGCGCACCUGCAUCCCCACAUUCACCCACCCGUUGUCCCUAUCAUCCUUGUGUGUUUCUUCGUGUGUGGCACGCACGAGAUCUGUGAGGUUUUGGUCCGAUGUGCCGACGUGGAAGCCCUCUCGAUACCUCCCGCCGCAUUUCUUCAGGAAAGACAGAGUCAACGGCCGAUAUGGCUGAUACACCGGUGCGGGGGACACCUGCCCACAAAUCAGUCAGACGCACAUGGACAUGGAUCGUGUGUUUGUUCUAAUAGGGAGUGCCUGCCUUGAGUUCUACGAGAGCCGUCCCUGGCCUGAGGCAUUCGAACGUCAGGGUGACGUCCUUGACGCUGCCCUCCUCCAGCACGCCGCCGUCCUGCAACGCGCCACCAUACCUACACGCACAUAUAGCGCCGCGAUCAUUGCCUUUGUUGCUUUCCUCUGCCUGCUCACCUGAUGGCCAGUAUGCUCGGCAUUGUUGCCGAUGUGGGUGUGGCCGUGGGUGCAUAUGUGGGCGUGUAUGCCUCCUCCCCUCCGUCAUGGGUGAGCGUCGCCCCAGCCCCCAGCCGCCUUCCGUGGUGCAGAGGGAUGAAGGGCACUGCGGACCCACCGGGGUGCAUCGUCAUCGUCAUCUGCUGGAGGGAGUUGACAUCGGUGUUGAGCCGCUGCUGCAGGUAGAAGUCCUGCAGCUGGGACUGAGAGGGGGCCUCAUGGGCGGCCCCAUCGGCUUGAUACGACAACCACCACGGCCGCCACCACACGCCCUGCUGCUGCAGCCGUCUGGCCUCUCGCUGGCCGACAAGGAGGAGGGACCGCCAUGAUGAGAGUUCCGAUGGGCUGAUGGUGUCACUCUGAUGCACACAGGGAGGGGAGGGGGAAGGCAGAGAUUGCAGAUCGAGGCGUGAGUCCCCCACCUUCCCGGCUCUCAUUGCCAGUGUGGGUGGGGCGAGUCACUCACUUGUCGGUCGGAGAGGGUCUUAAUGUUGGCCUGGAACGCGUCGAUGGUCUGCUCGCGGUCGUGGCCGCCUGGCGUGUCAAGGGUGAGGUAGAGGGGCAGCUCAAAGGUGGUGAAGGGCACAAUGCGGCUCACGGCCGUCUCCUGCACACAGACGCACACACAGAGGGGACAGUGAGGACCCCCCACACAUACCCACAACCACACUUGCGCUCACACACGCACCUGUGUCCACAUGCCUUCCCCGUCAUUGGCCACAUCCGUCCGCAACGGCGCCUCAGUGAGGGAAAUCCCAAGCCCAGGCCGCCUCUCGUCGGUGCACUCCUUGACGAACGACCAAGACGGCCGCGUGAAGGCGUCAGAGAGGUGGAGGGAAAGCGACACUGUCGACGAACCGCGAGAAUGGCACUCGUAACCGAGCUGACAUUCCAAUGGGGUUGUUACAAGAGAGAAAGACACACAUAAAGAGGUGUGUAGGUGCGUGCGUGUGUGUUUUGGUGGGGAAGGGUAGCGGGCAUGGCUGGCUGACCGUGAGCACAGUGGGGCUGUGUGUGUCUUUGACGAGGUCGGCGCUCCUCUUGCUGACCACCGACACCACCCCAGGGGACCCCACAGUCACAUCCACACCGCUCAACGCCUCAACAUCGCCCUCCGUCGUCAGCUCUAUCCAAAACCUGCACACACACGCACACAGGCACACACGUAUGGCCGUGUGUACGUCCCUCCACCUCUCUCUUUCAGCACAGCACCUGGUUUUGUGUUCAGGGGCUGUGACGAUGGACGGUUCAGCAAGGCCCCACCCCGGCUGUGCCUGCCCGUCCCGAUAUAUGUCCACCCCACCUCUCUCCAGCCCAAUGGACAACCCUUUGCGGCCGAUUGGAUGUCCCACGCCCACGUGGAAGACCGAUGGGUGCGGGGCGACGUCAUCGUCGUCGUUGUUGUUGAUGGUCUCGAUGAAAGAGAAGGGGCGGGAAGGGGCUGGGGCUGGUUGCUCGGCCUGCUGCCUUCUGCGCCCGUUACUGUUUAUCUGCAGAUAGCUGCUGCUAGUGCGGGUGCCGCGGCCUUCGUCCUCGUAGGUCGCACUGCGGUUGUUGACGGACAGCACCCCAUCCCGACUGCCAUGGUCAUCAGCAGCACGUGCACCAGCAGCAGCGCAAGUCAGCAGAGCCGCAAAUAGAAGGAGGGCUAUGGAGAUCCUCGAUGGCAUAGAGAAUGCCGCCGCUGCUGCUCAGGCCUCAAACAAUGGUGUCGCCAUCUGGGGGCGUAGGCGCGGCUAUGGCUGGCCAUUCAUGCCUCCUUGAGAACAACAACCGUCAAAAG